UCACCAUUGUUUUAUCUUUUGAUUUUUAAACAGUUUGUCUUUUCUUUUGUUAAAGAGUUUAUAUUGUUUUUUAUCAUAAUGCCAAAGCCAAAAUCGAGCAAAAUAUGGAAAUAUUUUAGUGUUAAUGGUGAAAGUGAUCCUAAAUGUGUGAUUUGUGGAAAAUCAAUAAAAUCAACAGGAAACACAACCAAUUUAAUGAAACAUUUGAAAGCAAACCAUUUUAGUGUUUUCAAUGAUUAUAGUCAAACUAACCAGGAUGAUACAGCAAAAAUUGAUACUUUUAUAAGUGAUAUCAAUUCAAUAAAAGGUGGUGAUAUGAACAAGAAUAUUAACUCUAAGUUAUUGUGGUGGAUAAUAAAGAAUGCACAUCCAUAUCGAGUAUGUGAACAAAAAGGAUUUAAAGAAUUCAUUACAUCGUUGAAUAAACAUUAUUCUCCACCAUUAAAGGACAAAGUUAACCGAUUGAUAAGAGAGUUAUAUGAUACGAAAAAAUCUCAAGUUACCAUGUUUUUAAAUAAUGUUAAGGGUCUAUCGUUAACAUCCGACGGAUGGAAAGAUGUGUCAAACCAAAUAUCUUAUAUUGGAUUAACUGCUCAUUUCAUUGAUGAAUAUAAAUUACACAGUGUUUGUUUGAAAGCAAAUCAGAUCCAAGAAAGUACCAGUGAUAAUAUAUCAUCAAUAUUUGAUCAAACUAUCGAGGAUUGGGGGAUUUUAAAAGAAAACAUCAUGUGUAUUACUACAGACGGUGCAGCUAAUUAUUCAAGAGCUGCUAAGUCAGUCAGUAAUCAUAUUCAUUGCAUCGCUCACCAAUUGAAUUUGAUUGUUGAGGACGGACUGGAAAAUAGCAUAACCUUAUCUCAACUCAUCUGUAGAACGAGAGAGAUUGUAACAGCUUUCAAGAGAAGUAGCGUUCUCAUGUCAUCACUUACAUCAUUACAAGAAGAACGCAACGAAUCAUCUCUCAAGUUAAUUCAAGAUGUUCCAACCCGUUGGAACUCAACUUACCACAUGAUAGAACGGUAUCUUGUUCUGCAUAAAGAGAUCUCUUGUGCUCUCAUCGAACAUGACAAACGUGAUAUUGAUCUCUCAUCAGAGGAUGUUGAACUACUCAAGGAAGUGUCAAAGGUUCUACAACCCUUUGAUGAAAUUACCAAAGAUAUUUCAGGAGAGAAAUACAUAACAAUUUCGAGGAUAAUCCCAGUGAUCAACAUCUUGAAGUCGUUAUUGACUAAACUUGUCUUGUGGGAGAGAUCAACUAAGGCCCUUGUCGUAACCUUCUUGACCAGCAUCGAAAGACGCUUUGGUGGGUUGGAGAGGAAUAAACUUUUUGCCUUUUCAACUUUACUCGAUCCUCGGUUUAAGAAAAUUGAUUUUAAUUCAACAAGUGAUUGCUCAGAUGCUGUCGUUGAGCUCAAUAAACUGUUAACUCAGGUUGAACUUUCUCAGAAUUUACCUGAACCUGAAGAGGAUAUUGGUAUUUGGAGUGUACACAAUAAGCGAGCCAAAGCUCUUACUGCAACAAAAACAGCACUUGACAGUGGAUUAAAACAUUACCAGGACUCAGAUGUUCUCCCAUUGACUGAUGAUCCGCUGUCAUUUUGGAGAAAUAACAAACUCAAUUGGCCUCAGUUGCACAAUUUAGCUUUAAAGUAUCUAUGUAUACAACCAACUUCCGUACCAUGUGAACGCCUUUUCUCCAAGACAGGAUCUAUCAUCACAGAAAAACGUAAUCGUUUGAAGCCAAAGAAUGUCGAUAUGCUUUGUUUUUUAGAGUCACUACCUCAAGAAUUCAUCUAAUAUUGUUAAUACUUUAUCGAUACUUAGCAAUAUAAAUAUUACCAAUAUUAUCGAUAUUUUGUAUAACAAUACUUUUGAUACCAAUAAAUACUUUGCAAGAGUAUUGCGAAACUCUAGUUUGUGUUUCAGCUGAUUUAACAGCCGCUCCCAUCCAGUUACCAGAUGGCCCUCUCAUUGAGGGUUGACGCAUGGUCUCUGAGCAUCUUCUUGGGUGACAUCGUCACCUCGUUCUUUUAUUUGUUCAGCAAUAAAUCCCAGAUGAUUAAAGAGAGAUUUCCAAUUUCCCCUUUUCAACUGACAACCAUGCUUGGGUAAAUAGUCACCACACUUUACUAAGUGUAGUUCCGUCAUCGGUACAUCACACGAGUGCCUCAAGUUGCUUAUUCGUGUUUUAAUCAGGACAAUGAGUUUCAUUAGUUUCCGUUGGUAAAAUAAUUUGUUUCGUAUUAUGCCUCUUGUUAUCGAGUUGUUUAAGAUUGCACUUAGCAGGCCUUUUUUGUCCCGUGUGUAUAUUCCCGUCUCUAUUUUAUCAAGUUUCCUUUUAAUCAUUUUCCUAAUCUGGUUCUUAGUUUUCAAUAUUCGUAAUUCUUUAAUCCUUCUAUUUUCACCAUUACACAGGGACAGUUCCGAUCCUUUCACGUGCCGAACUUGAACACUCGGUAUAAGAUCAAUCGUGAACUUAGUCAUUUUGACGUUCUUCUUCAGCACAAAGCCAUCAAGAGACCUCGUAAGAUACUUUGCGAUCGUGACAACCGCCAUUUGGUCAUCGAAUGUACUAUCCCUUGCUAUCAAGUCAUAAUGUUCAUGAGUCUCUCCAUUUGUCAUACAAGCUCUGUCACCUUCGAUCUUGAUUUCAAAUAUACUAAUCAGCUCAGGACGUUUCAGGCUGUUCAAACCUUGCCAUUCCUCGAUUUUGCCUUCCAUCCAGUGUUCCCUUAUUUCAUUACCCCAUUUGACAACUGGAAAAAGUGUCUCGUCCGCUUCCUCUUCCCAUAGCAUCAUUAUCAUGUUUGUGAAAUAAUUAACAAAUGGGUUCGGUAUCGAGUGAAGCCAUUCGAAUUGAGAAUCUUUAUAGAGGGUCUUCAGCAUCCAUUCCCUCUGUGUCACACGCCGACCAAUUUUAAUCAAGGCUUCGAUGCGAUAAUUGUAGAGUCUGAAUCUCAACCAUGGACAUAAGCCUAGUGGUAGCAUUAUGUGUGAGAGAUGGCAGUUAAUCAUCAUCCUGGUUUUGGGUAAUCGUAAAUUGUUAAGAAGCAUUUUCUGCAUUACAUUCAUUUUCGAUCUGCUCGACAGAUCAUUGACCAAUGUUUGAAUGUCCGUUCUGAAUUUUAGAUCGUAGCCCAAAAUCUUAUCCAUAGGCUUUGGUUUAUCGAAGUUAAUUAUUUUAGUCUUUUCUUUAUUGCAGCACAAGCCAAUCAUGAAGAAGGCAUUCGAGAUCUCAGCCUAAGUUGUUGCCAGAUCAUUCGUAAGAACUAUGAGAUCAUCCGCAAACGAUAGUACCAUCUGUCUACUCGGUUUUCUGUUCAACCAUCUCAAGGUAUCAUCAAUUCCCAUAACAAAAAGAAGAGGACCCAGUCCAAAACCUUGAAGUGCUUCCUCAUCCGCAAUCGUUUUCAAGUUGCCUUCUUCAAACAGUCUCAGUUUUCUGUUCGAUAUGAACUGCAAUAUCAUCUUCAUGGUUUGCAAGUCAAUACCCGAGAGUUUCUUUCUGAUCGUCAUUCUGUCGAGCUUGUCAAAGGCCUUCGUCAGGUCCAUAAUCAGCAUGAAUUUAAAGUCUACGUGGUUUUCAUAUACUUUCAACAGCAGAGAUUGUUUGUUCUGACCCAAAUAAGCGAAUUGGAUGUCGGUGUCAACAAUAUUGUUUUGCAAUACCCAUUCUUUGAGACGUUUAACUAGCAACGUGUCAACAAUCUUCCCUAUGAAACACUGCGUUCUUACUAUUCUGAAGUCCCCAUUUGAUUUCGGAAUUUUCGUGCCACCAGAUAUCAAAAGUUGAGGAGGAAUCCACGAUCUCAUGAAUAAUUCGUUCACCAACUCAAUGAUGACUAAUUUGCAGUUUUGCCAAACCUUAUUCCAUCUAUUUUUCGUGAAACAAUCCGCCCAGCCAGAGCUACUAUUGAAUGAUGUUUUCUCCAUCAGCGAGGCUCGUUCAGUCGCAGUGAUACCGUCAAAGCCCAGCGAGGGAAUCUCGACACCAUAUGGACGUUCUCUCGCUAUGAGGAGGUAUUUGUUUUUAAUUGUUUCGUCCCCGAUUGAAUUUCCAAUGUUGCCUCUUUCUGCCAUCAUCUUGUGUAGGACAUAAAUCGGAAGAUCAUCUGGUAAUGACCUUUUUCUAUUUCGGUAGGCAUUUAGCUUACACAAUUGUUGUUGUUUGCUUUCUCCAUUCGCUUUUUUCAUUCUUUUCUUCAUUCUCCUCGUUUUCCGAUUCUCAUCUGAUUGAUUUCGAUUGCCCUUCGGUUUUCCAGCAUUCAUGAUAUUGCAAAGCUUAACUUCAAGGAAUGGUGAUUCGAACUCCAUGACUUUAUCAUAAAUCAGCCUCUUUUUCCUUAUUAAGUAACUGUUGUUUCGUGUGAAUUUGCAUUUUAUCUGAGCAGUAAUUAUCAGAUGAUCUAAGUUAGAUUGAGAUUUGAAGUCAAUUGUUUUCCUUAACAGCCGUUUGUUUACAAGCAGAAUAUCUAUCAUUGUCCCUCCCGAGGAGCUCCAUCGCGUCACACCUGUAUUUCUGUCCGUUGGUAAGACACUUUUGUAUUUCUUAUCAAUUAAGGCAGUUUCUAAUUCUUCAAGCACCGAUCGUUUCAAGGCAUUAUCCUUCCUAGGAUCAUCGCACCAUAUUUUCAGCUCACAGUUAACAUCACCCGCAAUUAGAGUUGUUAUAUUCGUGGGCAGGCGUUUGAUUGUCUCAACCAAUGCAGUUAGACAUUUGAUGUUGUGCGGAUUUGCAUAAAUGGCAAGAAUGUUAAUCAACCAUUUCUUCUGUCUCAGUGUGAUUAGAAGUAAGCUCUCAUCCAAAAUUUUUCCUCUCAUUAUCGUCCAUUUCUUGGGCCAGCUUACACUAAUUUUGUGACCCUUGAGUUGGUUCGGGUACAUUGUUAAGUCUUCAUCCUCACUUGCUAUCACUAUCGCAUCAUCACCUAUCAGCGUCUUCAGUUGCUCUUCACUGUUCCUUGAGCGUCUCAAAUUUAUCACCACUAUCUUCACAUCCAUUUGAUCAACACGAUUCAGAUUAAAUUCUUUAUAAACACAAAUUAUGAACUUGAUUGUCUGCUACAAUUUUCACUGAUUCUUACAGAAGCAAUUAGAACAAUAUAGAGAUUAAUUUCAGAUUCAACUUUCUUCAGUACAAUGAUUAUGUUUUGUUGGUUAGCAUUGAUGAACAAUUGUGUUGUACAAAGUGUUAACCCGUUGCGAGAUUGAACUAAGUAAAAAAAGAGAUGAGAAGUUCUAAGCUUCCUUCUAUAUAGCGCCGCUUGUAGUAAAUUUAACAAUAACCAGAGACAAUCGCUUGCAGAAAGAGAGUGUAGCUUCAAGAUGGGUUUAUGAUUCUGCCAAAACAUUCAUAUGAAUCAAAAUGCAAAUUCCACUUCUUGAGCUUAAUUGUAAUUUUUGGAUUUAACGGUCGAAUAGACAGAAAGAAAGACGUUAAUCUUGAUCCUUGUUCAGUGGUAAAUUUUGAUACCUCUAAAUCGUACGAAGAUUAGAUUUGAAGGUGUCAACGUUAAUUUCUAGAGGUGAGCAAUCAUCAAAUUGUAGUUCCAUCAUCUUAAUAUCACUAAUUAAUCACAGUAAUUAAAUCUACCACAAGCAAUAGUUGUUUGCGUUGAAUUAAUGGUCUUUGUUGAAGCUCCAAUGGUUUUCAACAGAGAGACAAUAGUUUUCUCAAUAUAUUGGAAUCGAAGGCAAGUAAAUUGUUUUAAAUUGUCUCUCAUUGUAUUCCCAUUGAAUCACAUUCAAUUUAAAUUGUCAUCAAUCAGAAUUAGCAAUCGAGUCUGAAACUAAUUGAGUGUCAACCUUAAAUUUCAAAUAAUCCGUUAAUUAGUAACCAUUUUAGAUUUGUAUCUAUUGUCAAUUAUUAUGCUUGAAUGGCAAUGGAUGUGCCUCAAUUAAUUUACGUCAAUCUUAUUUGAUUUUGUUGAUUAGGUGAAUACCCUUUGAGCUGAUUCUGAGAGAU